CACUAAUCCAUUUGUUGAAUACCUGCCAUCAGUGGCCGAACAAUGUGCAUAUCUGUUCUUCCUGUUGCCAACCCCGAACCCACAGGUAUCGAUCGGAACGAAGAGAUUUGUAUACGUACGGGCGUCCUCGAGCGCCGCCACCUCUACAGAGAUUCAUUAAUAACGGUGAAUGUGAUUGUCAUUCAUGCAGAGCGUGUUUCGUGGGUUCAUGAAUAG